AUGUCAGACUCAGAACAAAAACAUGCUAUUGAUACCGUCAACGUCGAAGCACAGCGUCAAGCUUCUCUCAAGGCAAGAUGGAAUCGCUCGCCCCUCUACAAUGCAACGAUUUUAGGUCUCUGCAGCUUCGCAGCCCCCGGUCUCUGGAGCGCAAUGAACUCUCUUGGCGCAGGCGGUGCUCAAAAACCCUACCUCGUUAACACUGGCAAUGCGCUCACGUUCUGUUUGAUGAUCAUCUCCUGCUGGUUCACGAGUGGCAUCGUCAAAUACAUCGGCAUCAAAGGCGCUCUUAUUAUUGGCACUGUCGGCUUUGCACCCUACAGCGCAGGCUUGUACCUGAACAAUCGUUCUGGCGUUGAGUGGCUCGUCAUCUUUGGUGCGGCGUGUUGUGGUGUUUCUGCAGGAAUAUUCUGGUCAGCUGAGGCGGCGAUUGCCAUCGGAUAUCCUGAACCGCGAAACAGAGGCCGCAUGGUCGCCUAUUGGCUUUCCUUCACAAGGUUCAGCCAGGUCAUGGGCGGUGCGAUCAAUCUGGGUCUCAAUGUCGAUCAGAACGAGGCCGGGAAAGUUUCAUACAAGGUCUACCUCAUCUUCAUCGCCCUUCAGGCUUUAGCACCUUUCAUCGCAUGUCUCUUGAACAAGCCUUCGCAAGUACAGCGAUCCGACGGCCGACAGGUUGAUAUGAGCAUCCAUGACCACCCAUGGAAAGAAUUCAAAGCAACGACAAGAACAUUCCUCAAAAAGGACUUUAUGCUGCUGAUCUUAUGGAUUGGGCAGGGCGUCUACUCCGAAUCUGUCUUUUUUACCUACAUCGCUCUCUGGUUCAGUGUGCGAGCUCGGGCUCUGGCAUCUUUCAUAUCUGGUAUCGUUGCGGUUAUCAUAAGUAACUUACUUGGAGUGUGGCUUGAUCAGCACCAAAUCUCGCUCAAGAAGCGCGCGGGAUGGGCAUAUAUGGUCAUCAUGACUCUGCAAGGAGGCUGGUGGAUAUGGUUGACCAUUAAUGUGACCAAGUUCAAUCGUCAAGGUGCUCUCUACGACUGGGCUGACCCCGGGUUUGGUGCCGCAUUCGGUGUUUUCGUCUUUCUGGUCACUGGCUUUCAGCUAAACUACAAUUUUGCCUUUUUCGUCAUUGGUGAAAUCUCAACCAGCUCUCAAGAAACAGUACGUCUGUCAGCGCUACUGCGAGCCACUGAGUCGGCAUGGCAAGCUCUUAGUUAUGGGCUCAAUGCUCUACCUAUCAUGGCAACCGUUGGUAGCACGUAUAUGAACUUGGGGCUUUGGGCUCUUGCGAUAUUCCCGGCUUGGUUGGUGAUUCGAGGACUGGGCGAAAGCGAGAGGCAGGACGGUGUUUUAGAGACGGCAGACACGAGCGAGAACUACUAG